GCCAUCGCUGUUGGGACUUGAAGCUUGAAGGCCCAAAGAUUGAUAGUCUUAUCAUCGGAAGUGGCACUGACGAGGAGGGCGCCGACCGUUGACAGUAUUAAUAUGAGUGUGCUCUUUGGAGGAGUUCCGACCGGGUGACCACUAUAUCCCUGAUCCGUUUCGAUAUUUUCACACAGGUAGUGAUCACACCUGAACAUUCUUAAGCUUGAAGCUGAAGCUUUGAUCAGCUUGGUUAUCAUCAUCUGCCAUGGAUCUUGGAUUGAAGGGAGUGCAUGUCCUUGUUACAGGGGCAAGUGGCGGCAUCGGGCUCGAGACUGUGAAAUUAUUUUGUACACUUGGUGCAAAUGUGACCGCACAUUAUAACUCGCCAUUUGGUCCGAUACAUGAACUUUUGGCGUCGAACACCAAUCUUCAACACGUCCAGGCGAAUCUGUCUGAAGAACAGGCCGUGGUAACCAUGUUCAAAUCGCUCUCUACUAUGCCUCAUGGUCCCGUGCAAGUAGUCGUCAUCAAUCACGCUAUAUCUCACAGUUUAGCUGUGCCCAUUGCAAGGAUGACGCUGGAUCAAUGGAACACUACAAUGACUGUGAAUUUGACAUCUUCAUUCCUUGUGUGCAGAGAGUAUUUGAAGCAUCUGGAAAGGGCUUCCUCGGAUAUCAAGGAAAAGGCAGCAAUUAUUCUUGUCGGAAGUACUGCUGGGAAGUAUGGUGAAGCCAACAACGGAGACUACGCUGCGACUAAGAGUGCAAUGAUGUAUGGUUUGAACCUGACGCUGAAGAAUGAGAUCGUGAAGAUAGCCCCCAAAGGCAGAGUCAACUGUAUUGCACCUGGCUGGGUCAAGACGCGUAUGGUUGAAGACAUCUUGAAGGAUCCUCAAACAAUGUCUCGUAUAUUGGCUACGGUUCCACUUGAGAAAGUGGCGAUGCCAAUGGACAUCGCGACACAGAUUGUGGUUCUUGCAUCGUCUACUCUUUCUGGUCACGUCACUGGACAAGUGGUGAUGGUGGAGGGUGGAAUGGAAGGGAGACUGCUAAACAGGCCCGAAGACAUCGAUGGACUGCAGGGAUGCUGA